AAAUGAAAUGAAAUUAAAAUAUCGCUGAAGUGCUCUCUUGAUAUUUGCUCUGCGACAGACCACAGAGUAGUUAGUUAUGUAUAUUAUUCGAAUUAUAACAAUCACACCAAAGUUGAAUGGAGCAAUGAUAACGAUUAUAUGACAGCGAUAACGAUAGCUACGAUGAGUAACUGCCGCUUUUACAUGUGUCUGCUCUGCGUAAUUCACAUGGGGGGAAUUCUUUUAAAGAGCAGUCACAUUUUCAGAUAACAUCGGUUAUUUAGACAUGGAAAAGCGACUCUGGCCUUGAACCAGUUGUGUGACACGAGUAUUGAACAGAAAAUGUGAGAACCGCUUAGUAGUGCCUAAAGAUAAAGAUAUGUUUUUCAAAUUCUGGAAAUUCACCUGUCGAGUUUGGUCAGUUAGAGCCAUGUACAGUCCUCACAUCGCCCUCUUAUCGGCCGUGCAGGCCAACGACAGUCGUCAUGAGGCUAAGCUCCGUUUCCAGCGCCGUCCCACGGAAAACAUCUACACGGAUCCGCGCCUGGAGCAGCUGAUCGUCUACCGGGCCCUGCUGGAGCACCUGCUGCAACAGAAGUCGCACUAUGACCAUGAGCGCGAGUUGGAGCUCCAACGCCUCGAGCGCUUCCGCUGCGAGGGUGCCAACGAGCGGCGGCUGCAUGUGCAGGAGCAGGUGGUCAAGAAGGCGCAGGGCAUGCUGCCCGGCAUCGUGUUCAAGUUGCGCAACGAGGUGGACAAGCUGAAGCGCUUCCUCGACUGCGACAAGGAGCAGGAGCUGCGCCAACUGGACACCGCACUCUAUGACCAGUGCAGCAAGCUACUCAAGAACUGCCAGGUUACUUUGGACAACCUACAAUGAGCUACCAAGUCAAAUUUUAUCAUUCUUAACAUUAGUCAAAUUACAUUGUGCCCAAAACGAAACCCACACAAAAUCAUCCUUCAUUAUACAAGAUUAAACUAAUUCAAGUUUUUUGUUUCCUGGGUGAAUUUCCAAAAUUGAGAACAUUCGAUUGCAUCCAUUAGAUUUAAGAGAUCAGGUUAUGUACAGCGUCUUAGGGAUGAGGUUCUGUG